ACUUCUUCGUAUACACCGAGGAGACGAGAAUGGGAGCAAAACUUGGCCAUUAAAUUAAUGGAACAAAGUCUGUAAAUUUGAAUUUCGCUCCUCGAAAUCCAUCGCAAUGGAUUACGCCUCCGCGCUGAGGUUCUCGUCGUCCUCAACCGUCUUCCCCAAAUUCACUCCCGCAUACAACAACAACUUCAUUGGAAACAACACGACCUCACUCUUCUUUCCUCCCAAACCCCUCUCCACGAAUCAGUCUACUGAUAUCGCUACACGGAGAUCUCCUUCUCAGCUGCGUGCAGUUUCAAAUGAAGUAGGUGACAUGAAUAAGCGAAGAAGCAGUCUUGAAUCUCUUUUUUGCUAUGACAAGCCCAUACCUGAAGAAAUAAUAGAGAAACCUAUUGGAUUGUCUAUGACUACAAAGAAUAUUGGAAAUAGCCCCCCUUGUGCUGGUUGUGAAGCAAAAGGUGCUGUGUUGUGCAAGACAUGCUCUGGUUCAGGCCUAUAUGUUGACUCUAUUAUGGAAUCUCAAGGGAUUAUUGUCAAAGUUCGAUGCUUAGGUUGCGGGGGAACUGGGAACAUAAUGUGCUCAGACUGUGGCGGCCGAGGUCAUCAAUGAUUCCCUGAUUACAUAAAUCUCUCAACACAGGACUUUUUUGUGCCAUGAGUUCAUGAUACAAUUGAACAUGGUAUGGAUACAAAUUUUUUUGUUGUAAUCAAUGAAACAUUUUCUUUUGAGUGGUAGCUGCCUCCUUACACGAUUAAACUCGACUUUCUAUUUGAAGUUUGAAUACACUCUUUAUUACUCAACUAAAA